AUGCGGUCCUCCAUUUCCGCCCCGGCCGCCGCCCUCCUCCUCGCGGGCGCCGCCCACGCCUGGCUGCCGCAAGACCGCGACCUCGCGGCCUUCAACCAGACGGCGCGGUUUUUGCAGCUCGGCAAGCGCUGGGAACCCUCACUCCCGAGCGGCGUGACCAAGAUCCGCGGUGUCAACUUCGGCGGCUGGCUGAUCUCCGAGCCCUGGCUCAUGGAGACCGAAUGGAGCACCAUGGGCUGCGGCAGCUCCGCCUCAGAAUUCGACUGCAUGAACGACCACUACAGCGGCUCAUCCCGCUCGGCCGGCAACGCCGCCUUCGAGACGCACUACCGGACGUGGAUCGACGCCGACACGGUGCAGGCCGCGCACGACGUAGGGCUAAACACGAUCCGGAUCCCGAUCGGGUACUGGUCGUACUCGGCCAUCGUCGAUAGCGCCAGCGAGCCGUUCGCCGACGGUGACCUGCAGCUGCCCUACCUCGACGCCGUGAUCCAGAAGGCCGCCGACUUGAGUAUGUACGUCAUCAUUGACCUGCACGGCGCGCCCGGAGGCCAGCAGCAGGACGUGUUCACGGGCCAGAACCCCAACCCGGCCGGUUUUUACAAUGACUACGACUACGGCCGCGCCGAGCAGUGGCUGUCCUGGAUGACGAACCGGAUCCACACGACGGCCUCGUACGCCGCGGCCGUCGGCGUCAUCGAGGUCCUCAACGAGCCCGUGUCGAGCCACGACGCCGGGGGCCGCUACCCAGCCCCCGGCGAGGUGCCCUCCCUAAUCGACACCUACUACCCGGGCGCCCUGAAGGCCGUCCGCGACGCCGAGGUCGCGCUCGGCGUGUCCGACGACCGCAAGCUGCACGUGGGAUUCAUGUCCUCAAAGUGGGACGCUGGCGACCCCCGGUCCAACGCCGCCGUCGCCGCCGACUCCGCCACCAUGUUCGACGACCACAACUACAUCGGCUUCGCGCUCUCCAGCACGUCCGACCAGACCGCCCUGCUGCACUCCGCCUGCAGCGACAGUCGCGUCGUCAGCGGCCAGGACUUCGCCGUCACGGGCGAGUGGAGCAUGACCUCGGGCGUCGACUGGUCCGACGCCGACUUCUUCAAGACCUUCUUCACCGCGCAGCAGCAGCUGUACGAGAAGCCCGGCUCGAACGGCUGGGUCUACUGGACCUGGAAGACGGAGCUGAACGACCCGCGCUGGACUUAUUCUUACGCGACGUACCUGGGCUACGUCCCGACGGACGCGGCUGGGUUGGAGUCGAAUGUCUAUCAGGAUGUCUGUGCUGGGUAUACGUAA